AUGAAUGAUUUCCAAUUCAUGCGUGAAGUUGAUUUAGCUUCAAGGCUCAAGGAAUUGCUUUAUUCUAAGCCAGACUUAACAGAAUGGGUUCAAAACUGUUCAGAACAACUUGCAGAAACUGGGGAAAUUGAUCAUGAACAAUUUGAUUUUCUCGUUGAUUACUUAUGCAAGUCGGACUUUGAAAUAAUGAAGGAAGUUGUUUCGUUUAAGAAAUAUGAUAAAAAUGGUGAACAACUUAUGGCUUUAAUUUUUGACAAUCAAGAUGAAUUCAUUGAAGAAGAAGAAGAGGAGGAAUCUGAUGACUCAGUAGAGAUUGAUUUCAGUACAAAGAAGACAGAGAUUCAUGAUUUACCUCCUUGCUUAGAUCUCAAUUACUUCAUCAAAGAACAAGAUUCCAAAGUUAGUAAGGUUUCUAACAUUCUCGCUGUCAGUGAAAAUGUAGCAUACUACAUCCUGAAAUUCAAUAAUUGGGAUGAAACAAAGGCAAUUAAUAGUUAUCUUACCAAUCCAACAAAUCUUUUGGCCAAAAUAUCGGCAACCAAAAGACAAGCCAGCGAAAAUCUUGGCCUUCGGAAACGUGGUAUUGGUGAAUGUACAAACUGUUUUAUAUAG